AGAACAUUAGCGUCGCAUUUGUUGUGUUGUGCUUUUAUUUGUGUUUGCGGCCCCAACGUGUUCGGUUUAUGUUCCGCGGCAGCAGGCCACAUUAAAAUAAAAUUCAAUUUCAUAUCAAUUAAUAACUUAAAUGCCGACGUUGUGUUUUAUUUUGUGCGUUCAGCAUUUUGUUGUGGCGUCGUGUGGCUUAGUGUAAAUAUUAAACAAACCAAAAAGAAAAGCAAGUUGUUCCGGGUUAUUGCCAGGGCCAACUCAACUGAAUCUUUUCGACUUUAACUCGAAGCUGCUGAGUUUAACGGUUUCCUUUUGUGCUGCUCAAGACAACAACACUCAAGGAAAAAGACAAACAAAUAAAGUAAUUUGCAAUAAAAAAAAAAAAAAAAAUACAAAAAUACAAGAAAAAAUGCUAAAUAAAUACUAAUUAAAUGAAAUUGAAAUUCCACAAUUGAGAAACGAAAAGGCGAAAAGCGCAAGUGGAAAUAAAUGAAAAAGUGCUUAAGAAAUUGUAUUUGCUUUUUUGGCUAAUGAACCUUUGAAAAUGUUGUAAAACCGUGUUAGUUUGUUUAUCUAAUCUAAAACUGUGUGAAAUUAGCAAUAACAAUAAAAAUAAUAAUAAAAACAAUUAUAAACAAUAAGCUGGAACGAAUCUAAUAGACAAGCAGAUAAUAGAAUUAUACUACGCCAAACAACAAUAACCAAAUAACAACAACAACAACAACAAAACGAAAACAACAAUAAUUGCUAUUUCAGCAUUUUUCGACGCUUCGUUCGCAUCGUUCCAUUAAGCACGGCAAAUGCCAGGAAAAUCUUAAAGGCGCCUUAGGAAGAGAAGCCAACUGCAUCUUAAGCACUUAACUCCGUUUGCCAGCGAAAUUGCUCCAUAUGUUGGGGAAAUUUACAUCGAAUCAUGUCCAGGUUUAUCAUCAAUAUUCGCGCCCUGUUACCGUAAAGAAAAUCGUAAAGCAUCAGCCCCGAAGUUGGAUCGAGACCAAUUUUCAGAAACGCGAGUGCAUCAAAUUCAUCCCAUGCCCAAAGGACGAUACAAAAUGUUGCUGCGGCCAGGCACAGAUCACACAUCAGACGAUUGCAGGCAUCGAGAGUGGUUCGCCAGGUGAUUUGUGGCUGCCCACGAAGCACACGCGUCCACAGCCCACAGAUGCUUAUGGCACCAUUGAGUUUCAAGGUGGCGCACAUCCAACAAAAGCGCAGUAUGUGCGUCUGUCAUUCGAUACAAGACCGGAGCUGCUGGUACAGCUAUUCACAAAGGAAUGGAAUCUGGAAUUGCCAAAACUUUUGAUCACCGUGCAGGGAGGCAAAGCCAACUUUGAUUUGCAGGCAAAGCUGAAAAAGGAGAUACGCAAAGGACUUUUGAAGGCAGCGAAAACGACAGGCGCUUGGAUAUUCACCGGCGGUACCAAUACGGGCGUCACCAAACAAGUCGGCGAUGCGCUGCUCCUGGAGGGACAACAACGCACCGGACGUGUGGUCAGCAUCGGUAUUGCGCCCUGGGGCAUUGUGGAGCGCAAUCAUGAGCUUCUGGGCCACAAUCGUGAGGUGCCCUGCCACAGUAUUAGUUCACCGAGAUCGAAAUUGGCUGUGCUCAACAAUCGACAUGCGUAUUUUCUGCUAGUCGACAAUGGAACCCAAGCAAAAUAUGGUGCCGAAUUGAUUUUGCGACGCAAACUGGAGAAAUUCAUAUCCAAUUUAAAGCUACAUCCGUUUACACAUUCCAGUACGCCGGUCGUCUGUCUGGUGAUUGAGGGCGGUACGAACACGAUACGUGCUGUCCUCGAGUACGUAACGGACUCUCCGCCAGUGCCAGUUGUUGUUUGCGAUGGCUCUGGUCGUGCGGCUGACCUCCUGGCCUUUGUGCACAAAUAUGCAUCGGAUGGCGAGGAGCAACCCGUAUUAGAGUCCAUGCGAGACUAUCUCAUCGGCACCAUACAGAAGACUUUCGAAGUGGGCCUGGAUCAGGCCGAGAAGCUGUAUCAGGAGCUUUUGCAAUGCACACGCAACAAGAAUUUGAUUACUGUAUUCCGCAUACAAGAGAAACCCGAAGGCGAGGCACAGGAGCUAGAUCAGACCAUCUUAACGGCGCUCUUCAAGUCCCAGCAUCUCAGUCCACCGGAGCAAUUGAGUUUGGCAUUGACAUGGAAUCGUGUGGACAUAGCGCGAAGCGAGAUAUUUGUCUACGGCCAGGAAUGGCCAAAUGGCGCUCUGGAUGAGGCAAUGAUGCAGGCACUCGAACAUGAUAGAAUCGAUUUUGUCAAAUUACUUUUGGAGAAUGGUGUCUCGAUGAAGAAAUUUUUAACAAUACCACGCCUUGAGGAACUCUACAAUACAAAACACGGUCCAGCCAAUACAUUAGGUUACAUAUUGCGCGAUGUGCGUCCGCAUAUACCCAAGGGCUACAUUUACACCCUGCACGACAUUGGCCUUGUCAUCAAUAAACUAAUGGGCGGCGCCUAUCGAUCCUAUUACACGCGCCGCAAAUUUCGUCCAAUCUAUGCGAAGGUGAUGAACAGCUAUGCAAAUGCUUGUCGCAAGUCCUCGACAUAUCAAUAUCAACGCUAUGCGGGUGCCAAUUCGCUUAGCCUGGUCACAGGACUUCUGCCAUUCACCACCGAAAUGGCUCUCUUCGAGUUUCCAUUCAACGAGCUGCUGAUCUGGGCAGUGCUAACAAAGCGUCAGCAAAUGGCGCUGCUGAUGUGGACACAUGGCGAGGAGGCGUUGGCCAAAUCGCUGGUUGCCUGCAAGCUGUACAAAGCGAUGGCUCACGAGGCGGCCGAGGAUGAUUUGGACACCGAAAUCUAUGAGGAGUUGCGUUCCUAUGCAAAAGAGUUUGAGAGCAAAGGCAACAAACUGUUGGACUUUAGCUAUCGACAGGACGCAGAGAAGGCACAACGUUUGCUCACCUGCGAACUGCACUCGUGGUCCAAUCAAAGCUGUCUCUCCCUCGCCGUGGCAGCCAACCAUCGUGCUCUACUCGCCCAUCCCUGCAGUCAGGUCAUUCUGGCAGAUCUCUGGAUGGGCGGACUGCGAACACGCAAGAAUACUAAUUUCAAGGUAAUUUUGGGGCUAAUCAUGCCGUUAUACAUCAGGCAAUUGGACUUCAAGUCGAAGGAGGAGCUGCAACAGAUGCCCCAGACGGAGGAGGAGCAUUUGGAGAAUCAAAAUCUCGACAAUGACGAUUCAGAUCGUUCGCAGCCCGAUGCGGAGAAUGCCCUUUUAAAAGCCAAAAGAUCCAUUUCCUUGAGAUAUAGGAUGGGCGCGGGCAGUAAUAAUCGCGACAAGGCUCUAUUGGCGGAUACUUAUUCAGUGCGCGAUACAAAAGUACACGAAAAUGGAAAAGUUAAUCUCACUGCUGGAGCGGAAGAAGCACCCUCCAAAGUUUCGUUGACUGACUCGGAUCCGUCACAGUUUCGAGAAUUCUUUCAUCUGUCGGAAUACACGAACGAGAUCAAGCAGCAUCAACCGCUGCGUUUAAAGAAGAAGUUUUACGAGUUCUACACGGCGCCCAUUACCAAGUUCUGGGCUGAUUCGAUUGCGUACAUGUUCUUUUUGAUAAUGUUCUCGUUCACGGUGCUGGUGAAAAUGGGACCGAUGCCGAGGUGGCAAGAAUGGUAUUCCAUAGCAUACAUUACCACGCUCGGGUUUGAGAAGGUGCGUGAGAUUGUAUCCUCCGAGCCGGUGGCCAUUACGCAUAAAUUCUCGGUGUGGGCAUGGAACAUGUGGAAUCCAUGCGAUGGUGCUGCCAUAAUACUCUUUCUCAUCGGCCUCGCAUUUCGCUUUCGACCCGCCACCAUGGACAUUGGUCGCGUUAUUUACUGCGUGGACAGCAUCUAUUGGUAUUUGCGCAUAUUAAACAUUCUCGGAGUCAACAAAUAUUUGGGUCCAUUGGUUACCAUGAUGGGCAAAAUGGUCAAGAAUAUGAUAUAUUUCGUAGUCUUGUUGGCUGUGGUGCUCAUGAGUUUCGGUGUCAGUCGUCAGGCCAUUCUCUAUCCCAACAAUGAGCCCACCUGGCGUCUAAUCAGAGAGGUCACCUAUCAACCCUACUUUAUGUUGUACGGCGAGGUGUUUGCCGAUGAUAUCGAUCCACCCUGUGGCGAGGAUCCACGUCAACCGGCCUGUGUCACCGGCCACUGGGUAACGCCGAUAACGAUGUCCAUGUACCUUUUAAUUGCCAAUAUACUGCUAAUCAAUCUGCUGAUUGCCGUCUUCAAUAAUAUAUUCAACGAAGUCAACUCGGUGUCUCAUCAGGUGUGGAUGUUUCAGCGCUUUACAGUGGUCAUGGAAUACCAACAGAAACCCGUGCUGCCGCCACCGUUCAUCGCUUUUUGCCAUUUCUAUUCCUUGCUCAAGUAUUGUGUACGAAAAGCGAAAGGAUUGGAGGUGCAACGGGACAAUGGUCUCAAGCUAUUUCUCGAGAAGGACGAUCUGGAGCGUCUGUAUGACUUUGAGGAGGAGUGCGUUGAGGGCUUUUUCCAUGAGCAGGAAAUCAUAUUGAAUCAGUCAACCGAUGAGCGUGUCAAGAACACAACGGAGCGUGUCGAGACCAUGUCACAGAAAAUCGAGGACAUCAAUCAAAAGGAGAAUAUCCAAACAGCAACUGUGCAGAACAUUGAAUUCCGUUUGCGCAAAAUGGAGGAGUCUGCCGAGCAGAUACUGUCGCAUCUGGGCGUCAUACAUCGCUUCAUGUCCACCCACACCGCUGGCACCGACGAUUUGCGCGGCUCCGUGAUGAACAUUCCAGGUGAAAUGCAUCGCAUGCGCACCAUUUCAAUGACCGACACCGAGGGUGGCGUCAUUGGCGGUGUUCCUGGUCCAGGCAGUGGCGGUGGAGGCGGAGGAGGAGGUGGUGGUGGUGGCGGUGUUGGCAGCAGCAGCAUUGCUGCGGGACUGGGACUGAGUGCAACACUUACUUUAAAUUCGCUGCAGGUUAACAAUCGACGGCGUUUCAAUCGCUCGCUAACCGAAGUGCGGCCGGAUGCGUACAUCUUGGAUGAGGGCACACACUUUGAGGUUGUGCCGCUGCCCGAAGAGCCCGACGAAGUGGUCAAGUCACGGGAGGCCCUCAACGAGCAGGUGGUGCGCAAGGCCUCAAUGCAAUCCGAGCCCGAUUCGGACAUCUAUUUGCCACUGUCACAGCGGCCUUCGACCUGUGAGACAGUGAAGCGGACGCCAUAUGUGACUGUGCGCCAGGAUACGGGAGCCAGCACCGAGAGCAAGGACACGCUCACACCGAUGGGCAACGAUGACGAUCAGACGCUCGUUGGUGGCGACAAUUCCGAUGAUGCGGCGCCCGAUAUGACAUUUGAGGCUGCCAGGCACCGAGCGAUGCGACAACGCACCGUCUCGCUCUGCCGCCGUAACUCGGAGACGUACUCGCUGACCGGAGCGGACAUCAAUCGCUCGCACAUUAGCCUCAAUCAGUUGGCAACGCUGUCGCGCCGCCAGCUGAGUCUGACACAGUCUGAGCCGGAUAGUGACAAGGAUACGCCAGUGGCCAGUGGUGGCCCACCUCCAGGUAAAUCAGUAUUGCAUGCGAAACCCUCCAGAAAUAUAUUGCUGAAACUGCACAGCGAGUACACAUCGAUAACGGACGAACUGGAGAGCGUCUGCCAUUUGAUUGCUUCGCCGACCGUCUCGCUGCAGAGCAACCAAGCCUCCUUGGAUCGCCCCAAGACGGAAAUGUCACGCGCCGAGGCCGCAGCGUUGCUGGAGAAGAAGCAUCUGAAGGAGUGCGAGGAGAACGACUAUCGCAUACUCGAGGGUCUCUUCGAGGCACGCGGCUCCAUCGAUGCCAGCGUUCAGCCCUAUGAGAUUGGCGUCUCUAUAGACUAUAGUCAUCGCUAUCCGCUGCGACGGGAAACAGCCAUUGAGCUGUCGCCCUCGAAACCCUCAGCGGACAGCGGACUCAUGGGUGCCGUGGGUGGCGCUGGCGGCGGUGGAGACAGCAGUGACACCAGCGGUGCGGGCACAAGUGGCUUCCAACUGAAGCACGAACGUCCCUGGCAACGCAACUCAUCGAUGGAACAGCAGACGUAUCAGUCACCGCUGGUGCCAACGCGUGCCACCAGCGACUUUCUCAAUCCGCCCUACGACAGCAGCGGACGUCUGUUCAAAAAGUCCAGCGAGAGUCUGCAGAAGAACUCGAGCACGGACACCGAUUACUCGGCGCAUCCGUAUCGUUUCAUCAAGCAGAGCUCGAAUGAGACGAAUACCUCGCAAACGGGAUCGUAUAACAUUGAUACGCCAUCGUUGACGGCGGAGCCAUCGCUGGAUGCUGGCGAUUCGCAUUCGGCAACGGGGAUUAGCAUGAUGAGUGUUGGCGCUGCUGGCGGCGCUGCGACAACGCGUUACCAGCCGAAGCGCACGGCGUCUGUGGGCGCUGCCGAUGGCAGACGUCUGCGAGACGAUAGCUCCAGUUCGCUGGAUCUCAGUGCUGCGCCAGUAAUGACGCAGGCGCAGACGCCAGCAUUGCCAGCACUGCCCUCGCGUCCCAUGCAGCUGAAGAAACAGUUUAGCAUGGACCAAGGCAAACCGCUGUCGGCGCAAACCAGCGCCGAGACAUCCUCCUCAGCGGAGCCCGUGACUCCAGCGGCCAAACUGAUUUCAACACUCAAGCCGCCGUAUCAGGCCAGCAAACUGGGCAUGAAUGUGCUCAAGGAGAGCAGCUCCAGCACCGAAGAGUCGCGCGAUGGCGAAGCCCUAUCCACAGCCUCGUCGUCGGCGAAGAGCAGCCAUGCACCGUUGGCCAUACCACAGAUUAGCACACAUCUGGUGCAGGACGAGAUUGCCAAGCUGUCGUCGAACAUUAAGAGCAGCACGGAGUCGGAAAAGGAUCCACCAUAUAAUGAGACAAUGUGUUAAGCGUCGUCGUCGUUGUGUCCCUCCUGUUGAUGUUGCAAUUAAACCAAAAAUAGUUAGUGCUUAAGUGUUUUACCCGCCCAAACACAAACACACACACACAACAGAUCGAUCUAAGAAUACUAUAUAGUAUGUUUAACUAGUUGUAUAAGUGAAGCCACCUUGUGCUCAAUAUCGUUAUUCAGUCAACGAUUCUUCUUUUUUAAAUCCCCCAUAUAUCCCAGUUGCUGAAAGUACUGCGACAAUGGAAUGUUAAGAAGAGGAGAGAACAAUAUUUAAAUACAAAUUAAUGAUAAAUCACUGUAUGUUAUUCAUGAGAAAGGCAGAGCCAGAGGCAGAGAUGCACCUGACGAUUUAGUCAUCAUUUAGCGCAUAUCAAGGAAGCAAAAAUGAAAUAUUAUAUACAAUGAAGAUCGAAAUGAAUCCCCGGUGUAUGCAACGCAAUUUACGUAUGUGUUAAUGAUUUUGGACAAUACAUAGUACACAGAUUCUCUGUAUUUUUAUAAGAUGUAUUUAUUUACAACUCAUACGUAUAGAUUACUAAUCACUGAUGAUGAUGAUGAUGUUAUUACCGAGGAAAGAAUGUUACACAAAAUGUUAGUACGAUAAAUGCGUGCAUUUCUCUCACAACUCCUAUAUAUCUUUUAAAUAUCACUUCUUAAGCAAACAAAAACAUUAUAAUACCACCAAUUAAGCUAUGAAAUGUUUACAGUGUCUAGAAUUAGUCAUCGAUACAUAUAUACUUGCAAACUUUCACAUAUCUCUCAAACUCAAACUAUGAACUUAUCGCUCCUAAAAAGAUGAAAAAACAAAAACAAAGAUAUCGAUAUUUAGCUCAAUGCAACGUGUUGCAAGUACUUAUACUGUGUGUGUAAAUUGCACCUUCACAAUACCGCGAUAUCAACUUACUGUGUAUAUUUGUGCGUGUACUUUAUAUACUAUAUAACAUAGCUAUGUAUGUGUCUGUCUGUCUGUCUGUUGUUUGCCAGAGCAAUUAGUUAGUCCAGUUGUUACUUAUUUAAAUGUCGAAAUGUCUAUGCGUACAUGUGUGUAGAUAAUCUAUGCUAUAUAUUAUACUAGUAAUUGUAAGUAACCUAAAUCAAAUUGUGUAUAUACUUAUAUAAAUAAACAAAAAAUAUAUUUUUCAUAUAGAAAACACAACGGAAAAAUGCGAAAAAAAAGAAUUCGGUUAAAUUAUUGUUAACGAUUUGAUUCUUGUUAAAUGCCGCAAUGCGCUGCUAUUUUCAUGAUUAGUUGUAACGCAAAACAAAAUGAAAGAAAAAACAAAAAUGUUUGAAAACUUUAUGAAAUUUUUGCAUUUUAUUAGAGUUAGGCAAUGUACUUAUUGAUUUUAAGAAAAAUAAAUUUUAUUAUAUUAAUGGCUCGUGUAAAACAUCGCAUUGCAGAACUCAUUUCAGUAUUGAAAUUCCCCCUCCGUAAAAUAAACACAAAUAUCACUUUCGGUUACUCGAUUAAAAAACUCAUUUAUUUAAUACUUUCUCUUAUAUGAUACUAGGAUGAAUUUUUGCAUACAAUUCUCGUUUUAGUUACCAUCGGAUUUCUCAUCUCACAUUGUAAACAAAGUUCAAGUCUUUUUUGUUGCCAUUUCAGCUUACAAACUAGGAAGAAAGCUAUUUAAACAUUUAUGCUUAAUACAAAAUCUUUUGUUUUUUUUGUUUAUAAAUAAUUACAAUUUAAUGGCAAUAUGGCUUGGGUUGAAUACAAGCUCAGCUGUACAUAAACUAAAUGCGAAUGAAUAACAAAUUACAAGGCACUCACUCCCGUCCUCUCGUCUUCUCGAUUCCUCGUCGUCUUCUUGUUCAAUAAAAAAAUCCACAAGAGCAUUCGAUGCUUUGUGGCACUAGAUUAUCAUUUACUCCUAUAUUAAAUUUGUUUUUUGUUUUGUUUGUUGUCGUUGGAUCCUUCAUUAUUGGGUCGUAUUUGGUAUUUCGAUUCUCCUCGGA